CAGCCGCAUAUAAGGCAAACGCCCUAGCCUCUGUACUAGAGCUCCAGGCCCAGUUCUCUUUUUAGACUUCAUAAAAAUCAAUGAGAAAGAUUGGCGUAGUAAAUCUAUUUGUUUUGGUUGGAUGUCGGACCAUUACCUUUCCUUAUGAAAAGGAAGAGGACUCAGAAGUUUGCUAUUCAAAAGACCGUGUCAGAUGCAUUUCAGAAACUGCUCAUUGUGGUUUAGAAAGUGGUAAAGUAGCUGUGGAAUAUCGGCCUUUUGAGGAGCUCACUGAUGCCAGAACCGAAGGACUACAUGAUUUAAUUCAAGUCAACUGCCUUUCUUGGAAGCAGGAUGGCCAAGGGGAGGACGAAUGUCUCUUGGAUUUCAGUAGUGAGGAGGAAGCACCAAGACCACCACAGCUGGAUUAGUGCUGUUGAAUUCACCAGUGU